CCUUUGAACUCUUAUGAAAACACUGAUCAGAACAAAUUUCUGGCUCCUCUCUUGUGGUUUUGAAAGAUUUUUGUGUCUUUCAUCAAAAUCAUAUCUCACUUAUAAUAAAAAAAAUGUAGUAGAUUCUCGAAUGAUUAAAACAGGUUUUAGUCCAGACUUAUGUAAAUCAAAUGCUAUUUUGGAAGAUUAUGUCAAAGCAGGCAACUUAUUUAAAGCUCAUCAACUGUUUGAUGAAAUGCCCGAAAGAAAUGCUUUCUCUACAAAUCUAUUAGUCUCAGGGUAUGUGAAAGCUGGUGAUAUAUAUAGUGCACGAGAUUUGUUUGAUCGAACUGUGAACCGGAAUGCGGUUACGUGGACGAUUCUAAUCGGUGGCUAUGCUCGACGUAAUGAAACUAGUGAAGUGUUUAAACUUUUUUCAGAGAUGAGGAAAUCUGGAAUCGACCCGGAUCAUGUAACAAUAGUUACCGUGUUAUCAGCAUGUAAUGAUCCUGUGGUUGUGAAUCGAGAAACUCAAAUUCAUGGUCUUGUUGUUAAAAUGGGACAUAAGUGGUCAGUUGUCGUUUGUAAUGCGUUAGUUGAUUCUUACUGCAAAUCCCACUGCUUAGACUCCGCUUCUCGGCUUUUUGAUGAGAUGGAAAAGAGAGACUGUGUUACAUAUAAUGCAAUGAUUACAGGGUAUGGUAAAGAAGGGUAUAACGCAAAGGCUGUUGAAAUCUUUGUAGAGAUGCAGCAUUAUGGGCUUAAACCUUCAGAUUUCACUUUCGCUGCUGUUUUAGGUUCUUGUGUGGGAUUGAAUGAGUUGAGCCUUGGACAACAGGUUCAUUGUUUUGUCGUCAAGACGAAUUUCGUAAGGAAUGUAUUUGUUAGCAAUGCAUUACUCGAUUUCUAUUCGAAGCUAGAUAAGGUAAUUUACGCGAAGAAAUUAUUUGAUGAGAUGCCUUGUUUAGAUGGUGUCUCUUAUAAUGUUAUCAUCACUGGUUAUGCAUGGAAUGGACAAUAUAAAGAAUGCCUGGAAGUUUUUCGGAAAUUACAGCUUACUGGCUUCGAUAGGAAGCAGUUUCCUUUUGCAACUCUUCUAAGCACCGCAACGGCUUUACAGGACCUGCAAAUGGGGAGGCAAAUUCAUGCCCAAGUUAUAGUAACAAUUCCAGAAUCAGAAACUGAGGUAAUAAAUUCUCUGAUUGGUAUGUAUGUCAAAUGUGGUUCCUUAGACGACGCCAAAAUGAUAUUCAGGAAUCACGGGAAUAGGAAUGCAAUAUCUUGGACCUCCAUGAUAUCGAGCUAUGUUCAGAAAGAACUCAAUGAAGAAGCAAUGAAUCUGUUUAUCGAUAUGUGUAAAGUUGGUGUUAAUGCAGAUGAAUCAACUCUUGCUAGCGUGUUAAAAGCUGCAGCUAACUUGGGUUCUCUCGACGUAGGGAAGCAGUUGCAUUCAUAUAUAAUCAGAUCAGGAUUCAAGUCAAAUGUAUUCGCAGGAAGUGCACUUCUGGAUGCAUAUGCAAAUUGCGGGUCAAUAAAAGAUGCUACUCAAACCUUCGAUGAGAUGCCAGAACGGAAUAUAAUCACUUGGAAUGCCAUGAUUGCAGCUUACGCUCGUAAUGGUGAUGCUGAAGCCACACUUAAGUCUUUCAAGGCAUUGGAGGAAUCAGGUCUUCAACCUGACCAGGUAACCUUCCUCAGUAUCUUAUCCGCCUGCAGCCACCGUGGCCUUGUGACAGAAGGAUUAAAGUACUUCGAUUGCAUGAGUAGAAUCUACAGACUUGAUCCCCUUAGGAAACACUACACGUGUAUGGUUGAUAUCUUGGCUCGAAAUGGAUUGUUCGAAGAAGUAGAAAAAAUGAUGGCAGAAAUGCCAUAUGAGCCUGACGAGAUUAUGUUAACAUCCAUUUUGAGUUCAUGCAAGGUCCAUAAAAACAAAGAACUGGGAAUAAAAAUCGCGAACCAGCUUUUCAAGAUGGACCUCAGAGAUGGCGGUGCUUAUGUUAUUCUGUCAAAUUUGAAUGCAGAAGCUGGUAACUGGGAUGAAGUAGCCAAAGUGAAGAAGGCAAUGAAAGAUCGAGGAGUUAAAAAAGUACCAGCUAAGAGUUGGGUUGACAUUAAACAAACAACACACAGUUUUUCAUCGAAUGACAGAUCACAUCCGCAAUUCAGUGAGAUCAGUCAAAAACUAGUCUACUUGGCUAAGGAGAUGGAGAAACGUGGUUAUAGAGCUGAUACUAGUUGUUACCAUCACAAUGUAGAAGAAGAAGGUUACAUAGCUGAAUCUUUAAUGUAUCACAGCGAACGUUUGGCUAUCGCUUAUGCAUUAAUCAGUACCCCACCAGGAUCAACAAUACAUGUGAAGAAGAAUUUACGAGCUUGUGUAGACUGCCAUGCUGCAAUAAAGUUGAUUUCGAAAAUCGAAAGGAGGGAAAUUGUAGUUAGAGAUGCAAGCAGGUAUCACCAUUUUAGAGAUGGUUUCUGCUCUUGUGGGGAUUACUGGUAAGUUGAAACUUGAGCUCAUACUGUAAAAAGUUAGAAAAUUCGAAUGAAAUUCCGAGUUCAAUACUCCUCCUAAAGUCAUGCCUGUCAGUUUUUUGCUGUUUAAAAACUUUAAUGUUUUCAUUCGGUGCUGGCGAGUUUCGAACUCAGUGAUAUUAUCAUCCGGUGACACCCGCACGGGAUGUUUCCAGUCAUGCCGCAUCUCAACUUGAAAGCCUGAAAUGUAUUG